AUGUCAAAUAACAACGAUAUUAGUGCAAAACUUCGUUUUUUCGGUCACACAGUUGAUGGAUCAGCGCCGUGGAUUGAUUCAAGUUAUACAAGGACAUUGACUGAGCCAAUCAUGAAUUUUAUACCAGCAUUAACUGAUGUUAUAAUUCAUAAUAUGCGAGGUCAAGAGAAUAAAUUUGAUCUUGAUACUCAAGGCUUUGAAGUGCACAAAUAUAACGGUGAAGUAAACAAUGAGUUCGAUAAUGGUGAUGAACAACAACGAAUUUAUUAUGAAGAACUUGCAGAACUACUUAAGAAACGUCUUGAUGCUUCUCGAGUAAUCGUAUUUAAUCAUGUAUUUCGAUAUCGAGGUCCAUCACGUGCUAUCGAUCUUUAUGAUACAAAUCACCAAAGUCCUGCUGUUCAUCCACAUGUAGAUUUUGAUGGACCUGGUGUUUACUUAAAACUAAAAGAAGUUGUUGGCGAAGAAGAGGCAAAAAAAUUAGCAUGCAAUCGAUUUCAACUUAUUAAUAUUUGGCGACCAAUUGGAUUCAAUAUUAUCACAAGGAAUCCUCUGACUCUAUGCGAUUAUCGUUCUUUAGAUCUCAAAAAUGAUGUUCAUCUGACAGAACUUCGAGGAUCUAUUAUUUCUUAUUCGAUUUAUACAAUCUCACACAAUGCUCAAAAUACACAAAAAUGGUAUUAUUUAAAUGAAAUGCGUUCGGAUGAAUUAUUGGUAUUUAAAAUGUUCGAUAGCGAUCCAAAUGUUGCUCAAUUUUGUGCUCAUACAGGAUUUAUCAAUGAUCAUGUACCCAUGAAUAAUAUUGAACAAAUAAGUCUUGAAGCACGUUGUUUCGUUUUUUAUGAUCGAUAA